CCGGCCUCACAAUUUGAAAGGGCAGAGCAGAACAAGGGAAGAUGAUUCUGCAGCAACAAUUUGCAAUGCCUUCUCCAACCUCUCUCAGUUUCUUCUUCUUAACACUGAUCGCACAUCCACUGGCAUUUGCCCAGCCAAGAUUCUUAGCCCAUUUCUGCGUCAACGGAAGUAAUAACAACACCGCCGCCGCCUACAGAGCCAAUCUCGACCACCUCCUAUCCACCCUCACCACCGACCAUCAAAUUGACUAUGGCUUCUACAACUUCUCUUACGGCCACGAAAACAGAGCAAACGUAAUCGGACUGUGCAGAGGAGAUAUUUCGCCGGAGGCUUGCCGGAGAUGCCUCAACUACUCCAGAGAUCUUCUCCCCCUCCGGUGUCCGACCCAGAACGAGGCGAUCGGAUGGUACGACAACUGUAUGCUCCGUUACUCCGACCGCCCCAUCUUCGGCUCCAUGGAAAUUCUGCCGCGUCAGUAUUUGUGGAACGUAAAUAAUGCGUCGGAUGGGGAAGGGUUCACCCAGGCGGCGAGGAAUCUGAUUGUGGAUCUCAUAGGUGAAGCCACCGCCGGUGACUCCCGUGUCAAAUUCGCAAUCGGGAACGCGACUGUUCCCAGAUUUCCGACCAUUUAUGGGUUGGCGCAGUGCACGCCGGAUUUGUCUCGCCGGCAGUGCAACGAGUGCUUGGUCGGGGCUCUGCCUCUAAUUCGAGAGUGCUGUGAUGGAAAGAAAGGGGGUAGAGUUCUUAGACCCAGUUGUCAUUUUCGAUACGAGAGCUACCCUCUCCUUCAAUCACCGCCGUCGUCGCCGCCACCGCCACCGCCGUUGUCACAACCACCUCCGCCCCCUCUUCUACUUAACAGAACCACAGAUGGAAAUACAAAUAACAAAUCUGUGACUUCCAUCGCCGUCGCAGUGCCAACUGGUCUUGUUGUAGUUGUUGCUGUGCUGAUGAUCAUUAUCUGCAUGUUUAUGAGAAGAAGGCCAGAAAUUGAUGGAACUAAACGUGGAUCCGAGGAAGAAAUCCCGACUGUGGGGUUUUUGCAGUUUGAUUUCGAUAUCAUUAGAAUCGCAACCGAUGGAUUUUCGGAUGCAAAUAGACUUGGGGAAGGUGGGUUUGGAGCUGUUUACAAGGGGAAGCUUCCCAACGGACGAACCGCAGCGGUGAAACGGCUGUCUCAGAUUUCAAGGCAGGGAGAUGUGGAGUUUAAAAACGAAGUCGUUUUGGUAGCUAAGCUUCACCAUCGGAAUUUAGUUAAGCUUUUGGGUUUCUGCUCCAAAGAAAAUGAAAAGCUUCUCAUUUAUGAGUUUUUGCAGAAUGGAAGCCUUGAAAAGAUCAUCUUCGAUCCUGUCAAGCGUCUAUGUUUGGAUUGGGCAAAACGCUACAAAAUUAUAAAAGGCAUUACUCGAGGGCUCAUUUACCUCCACGAAGACUCCCGAAUCAAAAUUAUUCAUCGAGACCUAAAAGCUAGUAACAUUUUAUUAGACGCGGAGAUGAAUGCUAAAAUUUCAGAUUUUGGCACGGCAAGAUUAUUCUUAUCAGAACAAACACGAGGAAAUACAAGUACAAUAAUCGGUACCUAUGGAUAUAUGGCUCCAGAAUAUGUAAAACAUGGCCAUCUCUCAGCAAAAUCAGACGUCUUUAGUUUUGGCGUUUUAGUUUUAGAAAUUGUGACAGGAAAAAGUAAUCACAUGGGUAGUAAUGAGAAUAUAGAAGAUCAUCUUAUAAGCUACGCAUGGAGAAAUUGGAGGGAGGGAAGAGCAUUGAAUAUUGUGGAUCCUUCCAUUAAAAUUCAAAGUGGGAUGAGAAAUGAAGUGGCAAUAUGCAUCCAAAUUGGGUUACUUUGCAUUCAAGAAAAAGUUUGUGAGAGGCCAUCCAUGGCUUCUGUACUUGUUAUGCUUAACAGUGACUUGGCUGAUCUCCCAACACCAUCUCACCCUUCUUUCUUUAUGGACAUUAAACAAACUUCACAGAUCACAGAGUUGGGAUUAAACCAGAUUUGAAGGUAACUCUGUUUUGGGAGUUCCAAUUUUAGAAACUUCCAUUGUUCCUUUCAUUAACGUUGAAAGAUGAAUUGUAUAUGUCAGUUCAGUUUGAAA